GUGGUUUCCCAGGCAGCAGGAAUGGAUCGCUGAGAGAAUUUCAAUCUCCGACUGCUUUUGUCUUGUGGCACCAUGUUCCGCAAGAAGAAGAAGAAACGCCCUGAGAUAUCAGCUCCGCAGAACUUUGAGCACCGUGUCCACACUUCAUUUGACCCAAAGGAGGGCAAAUUUGUGGGCCUACCACCUCAAUGGCAGAAUAUUCUAGACACGUUGAGGCGCCCCAAGCCAGUGGUAGACCCUUCAAGGAUCACCCGGAUGCAACUCCAACCUAUGAAGACAGUGGUGAGAGGCAGCACCGUGGAAGUGGAAGGCUAUAUCUCUGGGAUACUCAACGAUAUCCAGAAGCUGUCUGCCAUCAGUUCCAACACUCUGAGGGGAAGGAGCCCCACCAGCAGGAGGAGAGCUCAGUCCCUUGGGCUCCUGGGGGAAGACAGACCCCCAGACAUGUAUCUUCAGAGCCCUGAAGCAGACUGGGCAGACAGAUAUGGAAACUACCUCAAUUGCAAUGGUGGGACCAAGGUGACCCGGAGACAGACUAUGUGGCCUGAUUACAAACCCAGACUGGAUGGACAGUCUCAUCCCAACGGUAUGGUUACAAAAGCCCAGUCCCUUGGGCCUUCGGAGUUCCAGGGUGCUGAUGGCAGCUGCCUCCAGCGCACCUCUGGUCUGCAGCACAUGCCUGCUCUGCUGGGGGAGAGUGACAAGAUGGGAAAAAAGAGCUCAGAAGAGUGCUGGCCUCAGCCUUGUCUAGUACGACAAGCAAACUCCAGGCCCUCAGGAGAGGGCAGCCCUAGCUCCAAAUCAAGGGAGAACAGCUUGAAGAGGAGGCUGUUACGCAGUGUGUUCCCCUCCUCCAGCAGCUCAAACAAGUCAGGCCCUUCCCUGCACAUAAAGCCUAAUGCUUUCUUCAGACCCCAGCAAUGGGGUUCACCCCACAGCCCUGCAACCAAAGCCCAGUCUCUUCCACCAGAUCAGCCUGCGUCUGACUUCCCCAGGAUGAUUUCGGAAGCUGGAACUCCCCAGAAAUCCCCAACCACGGAGAAGGCGAUCGCAGUGCCCCAAGGCAGGCCGUCACCAGCAGGGUCUCCGAGAAACCGUCAGACUCAGACGAGUUCUAGCAACCUUCACCUUCCCCAGGACUCUUCUGUGAAAGGGCAGCUGGCCAGUGAGGACCCAGUGGUUGUGACUCAUGAGCAGUUCAAAGCUGCCCUUAGGAUGGUAGUGGACCAAGGGGAUCCCCGGACAUUGCUGGAGAACUAUGUAAAGAUUGGUGAAGGGUCCACAGGUAUCGUCUGCAUUGCUCGAGAGAAGCACUCAGGGCGUCAGGUGGCAGUGAAAAUGAUGGACCUGAGAAAGCAGCAGCGCCGGGAGCUCCUUUUUAAUGAGGUGGUGAUAAUGAGGGACUAUCAACACGUCAACGUAGUUGAGAUGUACAAGAGCUACCUCGUGGGAGAGGAGCUCUGGGUGCUGAUGGAGUUCCUGCAGGGGGGAGCCCUCACAGACAUCGUGUCUCAGAUCAGGCUAAAUGAAGAGCAAAUUGCAACAGUGUGUGAAUCAGUGCUGCAGGCUCUUUCAUAUCUUCACUCUCAGGGGGUCAUUCACCGAGACAUUAAAAGCGACUCUAUUUUAUUGACACUGGAUGGAAGGGUCAAACUCUCAGAUUUUGGUUUCUGUGCUCAGAUCAGUAAAGAUGUACCCAAAAGAAAGUCCCUAGUAGGUACGCCUUACUGGAUGGCUCCAGAAGUUAUUGCAAGGGUACCAUACACUACUGAGGUGGAUAUCUGGUCUCUGGGAAUCAUGGUGAUAGAGAUGGUGGAUGGAGAACCCCCCUAUUUUAGUGAUUCUCCGGUCCAGGCAAUGAAGAGACUCCGUGACAGUCCUCCUCCCAAACUGAAAAAUUUCCACAGGACUUCCCCAGUUCUGAGAGACUUCUUGGACAGGAUGCUGACCCGGGAACCGCUAGAAAGAGCAACGGCACAAGAGCUUCUGGAUCACCCCUUUUUGCUCCAGACAGGACUUCCAGAGUGCUUGGUCCCCCUUAUCCAGCAAUACAGAAAGCGUACCUCUACCUGCUGACUUCACGUAAGGGGAAAAUACGAGGAAAAAGUAACACUUAUAAAUAACCAAGAGACCAGGCGGUCUUGUCCUGGGAAUGGUGCUCAGAACUUGUCGGUGAUCUUCUUACAGGAUGAAUGUGAAUAUUGUCCUUGCGGUCUUGGCCUUUGUGGCUUCUCAUUUGCUGAAGACAAUCAAUACGUACUAGUUCCUAAUAAGACCAAGUAUGUCUCAAGAAUAAAGCAGGUAUUUCAUGACUUCUGGAUUGCUUCUUCCAAAGAAAGGCAUUUUUAUGCGGAGUCUGAGGUUGUGUAUCCGAAUGCCUGCAAGUUCCUGUAAACCUUGGCUGCUGACUACUGAACUGGAACAAAAUUUCCCAGUUAGAAAUGUGAUCUUUGUUUUGUUAGUUGUACACUGGAGUCUUGAGCUGACCUACAUGUACAUUUUGGGGCACAGAUGCCUUUAAACUGUCCAACAAUGCACAAAGACUGAACAAUUUUUCUCUUCUGAGACUUUUUCCACAGAUGAUUUUAAUCUUCAGUUAAAUGUGGACCUAGAAAACUGUACAUAUGUUCCUAGGGAGCAGAUGUGAUAUGUACAUAUUUAUUUUCAAACAGCUCUCUUGCGUCAACAUGCUUCUCUUUUGCUGAGGAAUAUGUAUGGUUUAGUGGUCAGUCUUGAAUCCAUUUCAUGAUCUUAAACUUUUGGAGGGGAAACCCUUGGAGGCAGGCCUCAGAGUAGACUCUGUGAAGACAAUUGUUCUUGCCACCAGGAUUUUGUGGUUGAAAAUUCAUAAUAUGCAACACCUCCAGUGCUGUUUGGAAUGGAGACUCUAGGGAAGCUUAUUCCUAUUUGUGGUUUCCAGGCAGCUUUCCUUCUGAGUCCUUUCUCACAAGAGGGGCCAAGAAGUGCUGCCCUGAGAUAAGUGUGGGGCAGCACAUUGGGAAUGCCUUAGGGGACAGAAUGAAAACAUUUCAGCUGUCCUGCAUGUCCCAGGAGAGAUUUUUAUGUUCACGGUGAGGCUGUUUGUUCAGCCUUCAUCUCCCCUGCUUGCUGCUGCAGAACAUGGGGAGAAGGGAAAUUUUUGAUGUUUGUUUUGUAAUUGGUAUCGCCUUCCCCACCACCCCUUUGCUGAUAUGUUCAGAAGGUUUCUGGUUGUCUAAGCAGCUCUCUGUUAUUUUUAAAUAGAUUUAGAUAUUUUGUAUGAUACAGUUUCUGAUCAGUGAGGUAGUUGAGGUAAUUGGACUCUAGGUCAGGAUGUAACAUUGUACAGUGAUGGUGUGCACUUUUGUGAGGUCUUAAGAAUAUAGUCUUAUAUGUGGAACUGGGAUCCCAUUUUGAAAAUCAGAUACAAAUUUAUUGGAAUUUAAGUUAUUCUUGGGACAGUCUUACUGUCUCAGAUACUAACCUCAUAACUGCAUUUUCUUCAGAAGAUGUAAAUAAUCUCUAUCCUCUGCUAUUUACUCCAGUUACAGAUCCUGCUUCAAAAUUGAAGCCACAGUUGAUUACUUGAAGUAAUUUGGGAUGGAAUUCAUCUGCACUGAUGACAGUCACCUAAAUGGUGGGCACCCAGACUGCAAAGCAGAUAGGUUGCCUCUGUAGACCAUGGUGAGAAGAGCACCUCCAGAGGGUGAUUCAUCUCCAUCAUUUUAGAUACCUGCUGAAGGAUGAAAUUGCUUUCUCUCGAUACCACUCUGCCUGUGGCCAGUAGAGGGAUCGUAGGUGGUUUGCCUAGACUGGAUGUCUAAGUUUGGGGCUGAUGAAGUUAAUUGAAAUGAAUUUGUUUAUUUCUUCCUUAGCUGCACUGGAAAGUUUUUGAUGUAAAAUGUUUCUGUAUUCCAGAUAUACUGCUUUUUUAUGCAAAAGAGCAGGGCUUUAAAGAUUUAUAAUUUGAAACAAAUGAUCCUGCUCAUCUGUAGUUGUGAAUCCUUUGCACCUGUGUUUUAAAUUAAAGUAGAUCUUGAUUUAUUC